CUGAUGCUUUUGGAAGAUGCUUGGAGAGAACUGUUUGUUCUAGGAAUAGCACAAUGGGCCAUUCCAGUUGAUGCUAACACUCUACUGGCUGUAUCUGGCAUGAACGGUGACAAUACAGAUUCUCAGAAGCUGAAUAAAAUUAUUUCAGAAAUACAGGCUUUACAGGAGGUUGUGGCUAGAUUUAGACAACUCCGGCUAGAUGCUACUGAAUUUGCCUGUCUCAAAUGCAUUGUCACUUUUAAAGCUGUGCCGACACACAGUGGCUCUGAGCUGAGGAGCUUCCGAAACGCUGCCGCGAUAGCCGCCCUCCAAGACGAAGCCCAGCUCACCCUGAACAGCUACAUUCACACCAGGUACCCCACACAACCCUGUCGUUUUGGAAAACUUUUAUUGCUUUUACCAGCUUUACGUUCGAUUAGUCCAUCUACAAUAGAAGAAGUGUUUUUCAAAAAGACCAUUGGGAAUGUACCAAUUACAAGACUGCUUUCAGAUAUGUACAAAUCCAGUGACAUAUAA